UUCAUCAGUCAUCAAAAUCAGAUCGCCCGUCGCUCGCGAGUCGUCAACCAUUUACGGACGGAGCUAGAUGUAGAAAAUCUUGUUUUUAGAAAGUGUUUUGUGUGCAAUAUUUUCCAGCGGAACGCUGCUGGCCUGGUGACUAAUCUGAUUGCGUUGGGUUGGGUGUGGAAUCGGACGCCGAAGCGCACCAUUUCCGGAUAGUUUCAGCUCUGAAAGGAACCCCCGAAAAAGAGUGUGUUUCAUUAAAAGCUACCCACGGUCAGUCGAACGCGAGAAAUAAGCAUAAUUUCGCAUCGUUGCGUUCGCUACCGAGGUGGUGGGCGCAGGGGGAGCAAAAACAGUACGACAGAAGAGGCGAACCGGACUGAUUGCAAUUUUGUAGCUGGGUGGCGCGCGUGUAGGAUUAGAACUCCUCGUCGGUCAGAAUGCCACCGUACCGCUACCCGACGCAGAACUUUACGUACGUGAGUUCAUGCGUGAAGUAUAUGAUAUUCCUGUUAAACUUCAUAUUCUGGCUGUUCGGAGGGCUGCUGAUUGGAAUAGGAUUCUACGCGUUUGUAGACAAAUGGCAGGCCACCGGAUUGAUUAAGCUGGAAACGGUGUACGACAUUGUGCUGAACAUUUCGCUGGUGAUGAUUAUUGCCGGAGGGAUCGUCUUUGUGGUCAGCUUCGCCGGAUGUUUGGGAGCCCUGAGGGAAAACACUUGCCUCCUGAAGUUCUACUCGCUGUGCUUGCUGAUGUUCUUCCUGUGCGAAAUGGCCGUGGCUAUAGUGGGAUUUGUGUUUCCUCAUAAGAUGAACAUCGUGCUGGAGGAUUCUUUCACGGACAAGAUCAUAACCACCUACCGGGACGAUCCGGAUCUGCAGAACUUUAUCGAUUUUGCCCAGCAGGAGUUCCACUGCUGCGGGCUUAGUAACGAAGGCUACCUGGACUGGGGCAAGAACGAGUACUUCAACUGCUCCUCGCCCAGUGUGGAAAAGUGCGGCGUUCCGUACAGUUGCUGCAUUAACGCUACCGACAUCUCGUCCGGGCUGGUCAACAUCAUGUGCGGCUAUCAUAUCCAGCAGCAGUCGGUGGCCGCCGCCAGCAAAAAGAUCUGGACCAGCGGGUGCAUCGAAAUUGUGCGCGUCUGGGCCGAACGGAAUCUCUACCUGAUAGCGGGCAUUGCCCUGGGGGCGGCCCUCAGUCAGCUGUUUGUGAUCUAUCUGGCCAAAACGCUCGAAGGUCAGAUCGAUUUGCAGAAAAGUCGCUGGUCGUCGUGAGCGUACGUGGGCGGCGGCUGGGGCGGUGGACGAGCGGUUUAAGUGCGCGAACGGAGCGAGCGCCUGCGCGCGACACGAUAAUGAACUGAAAGACUAUGAAUCUAGAUUCCAUCAAAUAUAUGUGUGCACUGGAGAGCUGUAAGCAAUGCGGAUGAAGAUCCUCCCGUUGACCGCGUACUGUGACUACUAUUUUAAGCGUUGUUUGCCCACCCGAAAUGAUGAAACGGAUCUGGAACUCAUAUCUGCUGACAAAGCAUAUACGUAGAUCGGUGAGGAUUCUCCUGACCAUGAAAUUAACUGAACAAGUCACAUCCUAGCGUCUAGUAUGUCCUCUAAGUGUUUAUGUUCGAACAAAAUGUAGAAUUACUAUAUAACUAUAUAGAAGAAAGACACAAAUCUCCUCACUUCCUCACUUGUAUUCGACUAUGGAGACGACGAAAACGUUAUACAUACCGAUAGAACUCAUAUUUUUAACUCGAUAGACCGAUGCAUUUUACGCCGGAGGAUAUUUUUAGUACUCCCUGAUUGUUCUGAGGCAAUGCAAGAAGUAGAAGAACUGUGAUUGGCUGAUUGCUAUAUUUCCGAAUGUGUUAUUUCUGCGGAAGCACUAAGAAACACAAAACUCCUGUUAAAGCAGAGCAUCUUCUUUCCGAUAUUUAAUAAUUUCCAAAAGACUCGAGAUAUUCAUUAUUUUACAAGCAUCUUAAAAAAAGAGCAUACAAAUAUAAAUGUAGAUUUCGGAUAAAGAAGAAUCAUAAUUUAACGGUAUUCUACCACUUUGGUUUCCAACCUCCCGACUUAUUAUCUUUUAAUCAUAGAGCGCACUCGCACUCAAAUUAAAAUCAAAAGUAUUAUAUCUAAAAACAUUGCUCCGCGAUCUCUGUUCUUAGUACUAUUCACCAGUCUACAUGGUUCCAAGCACAAUCAAAUCAAAAUUUAUCUCAUUUUACGUUCAAUCUAGAUAUUACGAGUGAGUUAUAUUAGUCUGCAUUUGAAGUGUUCUUAGCUGGUCUUUUCAAUUUUAAGUUCCUUACACCAUAAAUCUUCAGAAUAACAAACUUGAACUAUCGAUAAACUUUUUGGAUAAACUACAAAAAUGACGAAUGUGUUUCAUCGUAGAAUUUAGUAGUAAGCAAGUAAAAUGUUUACUGUGAAGUAUUUAGAUAGCAAGAGCGACAAAGCCAAUGCUGGUGACUCCUUGAAAAGGGAAAUGGGAGGGGCUACAAACGUGGUAAGAAUUCGAAUUCAUGAGGGAAGAAGAAACAAUAGAAUUAUAUUAUUAUUAUAUUGAAAGCUAUGUCAUUAUUUGUAAAGCUCAAAGAUAGCCUCUAGAAUUUCCGAUGACAAAGAACCGAUAAAUAAACAAAUAAAAUUUACUGCUGGUGUCAUACAAAA